AUGUUUCUGUUGGCUUCCUUGACCAACGACCUUCUUUGGGCCGUCGAAGAACGGAAAUGGCGGAAUGUAGGUUUUGUAUGUUGUUUGUGUCGUCCUUUACCUUUAAUUUUAAAAUGUGUCGUAGAACUUUGUUUUAUGCUAAAUUUCACAAGGAAAGUACUUUUAUGGGGGCUCCUACUUUUUGACGGGACAUAUCUCAAAAAAUCAGAAAAAAUGUGCUGAUCAAGAAUAUAUAGAUCUUAGCUGCCCAUUUUAGGUUUUUAGGGGUGAAAACUCAGUCGGAAGUUGACUUAAAGUCCUAUAUGAACCCCUUUUCGCUUAAUUUUUUCAAAGGUUUACAAUUUUUAUUUUGGCUUAAAAUGGUGUUUAUUGAGUUUCUAAGACGUAAUAAGACAGUCUGGGCCCAAAAAUUUAUUUUUCCGACCUUCAACUUCAAAGAAGUUGAUUCAGCCCAAAAGGGAAAUCGAACCUGUGCGGCGUCCCCCCUCUUGAUUCCCAGACUACGGCACUAACCACUCGGCCACACCGCUCUCUUCCGAAGGAAGAGAUCGAGUGCUCUUUUUAUCGUUUCGAAUGUCUGCCUUUUGUAGGGAAAUUAAACCAGUUUUUGGGCAUUUUCACCCUUAAAAACCUAAAAUGGGCAGCUAUGAUUUAUAUAUCCUUGAUCAGCACAUUUUUUCUGAUUUUUUGAGAUAUGUCCCGUCAAAAAGUAGGAGCCCCCAUAAAAGUACUUUCCUUGUCAAUAUUGCUUUCAAAAGAACUUUUUGUAUUCUCAUCACUGAGAGGAGCUAAAAGUGCUCGGGCAAGAUUUGAUUUAGUAAAUUUUUUGAUGAGAUUUCGUAAAGUUUUUCAGCGCUUUGCAAGUGUUGCCGAGACAUAAAAAUGUAUGAAACUCUAUUUAUGUAUAGUAGUCCGGGAUAAUUUUUUAGAGGCAUAUCCAAGACCCCUAGGUCGCGCUUUGCAGAAACGACCGAGUUUUUUUGAUCAAAAUUUGACGAACAUUUGACAUUUUUUUUCAAAUUUCUGGGCAAAAGUUUCACAUACAUUACAGGGUUAAUGUUUUCAUAAAAAAGUCUAUUUUUUGCCCGCAAGUUAAUCAAUUUGAAAUUGACCUUGAUAGGUUGAGGUGCUCUUUGAAUUCACAUAAGCUAUAAAUCCGACAACACCUUGAAUGGGGUUUUUGAACGUUUUGCGGCGAGGUCGUUGGGCGAACGGUCAGUUCAAUUCAGCCCGCUUCCGAGGAAUCAUAAUAUUGUUGAUAUCAUAACCCUACUUCUUUCGUCAGCUUUUGAUUUCGCCAAAAGUGAUCAGUCUCCAACCUGGAAGAUUUUCUAAGCAUUGCUUCCUGGUCGAAAGGAGUUCAUUGCGUGAGGUGAGUUCGCGUGUCUUAUCGAACAAUUUGAAUUAGCUCAGUAGCGAAUGGGCGCAUUUGCAAGCUGUUUUUUUUGUCGGGAAAAUUGGAGGUCAAAAUAUGUCGGUUAAUUCGGUAAACCUCAUCAAUUGACCCUUUACUUGGCAAAUAGCCGUGUUGUAUUUUAACUAUUAUAUUUUGUUUACUUGGGUAGGAAUUUUUGUAUCAGUGACAUGAAUUUUUGAAAUUCUCAGGUUUUUGUUCACAUGGGACUGAUGAGAAUUCGGCGAAUGGAAUUUGACAAAAAGGCUAUUUUCAAAGGUCUGUCGGCAAAAUAAUGAGCCAUGUUUCCAUGAAACUCCAACCUUGACACAAAGAAUUUCAAGGAUAAUCACCCGUGAGUAAAUAGCUGGGUACUUUCAAACUCUGAUCUUUCAACGUUUACCAGUUGUGAAAGAGAGUCGAUCAAACAAACGCUGGAGUCGCUACAAAACCCAGCGGGAGCUGUUUUUAUGCAAUUCAUGACAAGUCGAGUUUACGACGGACGGUUGCUGAUUGAGGGCAAAAAACAGUUGUAAGCGAACGGCUUUUGAGCCAUUUUUAACCGUGGUCAAACAUCUAGGAGUGUUGAUUCCGUGUUCAAGGAUCUAGGAGUAUUGAUACUUGGUGGGUCUUCAACUAUUGAAGUACUUCGAUACAUAAGCCAAAAAAGACUAGAAUUUCCUUUCAAUCGAAAUAUUUGACGUAGGGCAGGCAGAUUUGUAUGAAAGUAGUUCCAAAUUUAGAGCACAAUUUUCUAACUGACGUGCUCAAAGUUUGCCUAAAAGUUCCAUACUUCUUUUCGAUCUAAAAAUCUCAGUCGUUUCUACAAAGCGCGUGCUCGUAGUCUCUCAUUUGUUUUAGGAAAAUAAAUCUAAAUUUGUGCCAAGCUUCAUCGAAAUUCGUAGUACGCUACAAUUUCGUACUACGUAAGCAAUUGUUUUUACUGCUUGUUUAAAUUAUGUUUAUACUAGUAUCUGUUUUUCGUCUAAUCGUUGAGAAAUCAGUCGCAGUUUACAAUUAAAACUAAAGAAUAUUGUUUUUACGGGUCGAUGGGAGAGUGUUCUCCCUUCGUUCCUUUAAACUUUUUAAUUUUCUUACCGAACUCCUUAUUCGCGACACGGGGGAAAUUGUCAAGUUAACAAUGUUUACUCUUCGAGACCAAUGACUUAGGUGUGUGUUACGCAGCGAUUGAGAUUUUUUUGGGGGGGUUUUAUUCAAAGAGUUUACUCUUGAUUAUAAUGCAGGGUUACGCAGUUUUUUAUUGGGUUCAUUUUUAGAUUUGAGCUAAAUUGGAAAACGUGGUAAAAGCGGUCAAAAAAUGUGUAAAAUUAGUUUUUAUCGAUGGGAAAUUAAAAAGGGUCAUCAGUCAUUAUAAUUAUCACUGUAUUCUUAACAGGAAUUCCCUUUUUAGCCGUCUCAUCAACUUAAUUAAACGUUACAUUUCUACAACUUUCUCGCCGAUUUCUCACUUUUUAUCAUCACUUUUUCUUCAAUUUCUAUGUUCAUUGGCACAUAAAUUGCACUUCAGUAUCCUUACUUUUACCACUGGAUAUACUAGUGAGUAUAUUAUUUUCUAUUAACUAAGGUUGUCAUAGCUCUAAUCCGGCAAUGUUUGGUUAAAGGGUCACACUGUCCUAUUAGACAUUGGCUAUUGGACCUUUCAUAUCUCUGCUAUAUUCUCUUCGGAAAAACUUCCCAAAAUGUGGUUCACAAUGCUGGACUUUCAGCUUGGCCGUCGCCAUUCCGUCACCGCUUACGCCCCCUCCUGCUCCUGGUCCGAGUUCACGGAAGAUCCUGAUUGGUUGGUCCACAGAAUGAACACGCGUUCCCGAAAUUGGCAUUCCCAAAACUUAUCGCCCGCCAGCACUGCUGCCGACGACUUGAGUCAGCGUUCGGAGGCGUCCGUCUCCGAAGUCUUGGCCAAACGAGCGCAGAACUUGUUGGCCAACCGAGAGCUGGCAAAGACCUACAGAGAGGUGUACGAAGAUCUGUGGCAUCCGGUGAACAAUGCACAGGUGAGUUGGCGGAUCCAAUUUUCUUUUUUGCAAGUCACUAUCAGUCUGUCGAAAAAAUAAUGUGGGUUGCUCGCGCUUUGGAAUCGCCCAUCAUCUCUUUGCGAUGGCUUGCCGCGACCAGAGAUUUCGUCCGCUACAGCGAGAUAUUUUGCGACCAGUCCACAUUAUUUUCCCUACAGACCAAUGUGUUGUUUAUGCCGCUUGAUGAUUACAUUUACCCCUUUUAGGGAAAGAUCAACCUGUGCACCGCAGAAAACAUUUUAUGCGAGGAUCUCCUGCAAGAAAGGGUAAGUUCGCUCGACCUUUUAUUUCAUUAGCUAAUUCGCUCCGUUCAGAUCAAUGAUCCCAAAAUUUGGCAGACAUUGUUCCCCACAAUCCAUCAUUAUCCACCCGCUGGCGGCUUGGAAUGGUAAGGCUUUUACACACCAAAAAUGAAAUUUGCAUAAAAAAUGAUCUUACGCUCUUUUCAGGGUAAAGUCAGCCGUCGCCGGCUACGUGGACAGAUUCGUCUCCAUGAACGGGGAUCCGGGUGUUUUGAAAGAGAAUUUGGUGAUCGUACCGGGAUGUGCGGCGGCAUACGAUAUGAUUGGCUGUUGUCUGUUUGAUGCGAACGGUAAUGAUGACUUUCAAAUGUAUAAGGCUGUUGGAUGGACCUGAUUUGUUUAGCUAUCAGCCUGUCGGGAAAGUAAUGAGCAUAAGGUCGCUGCGCCGACCGUGUCGCUGAAGUGAAAAAGCAAUUUCAUUUUGUCACAACACAAUUAAUUUUUUCGGUGUCGAUGCGACUUUCGGCGCGGCAGAAUGCUCAUUAUUUUCCCGACAGAGUUAUAAUAUUUACACCAAAACCACGGUCAAUGCAUUUUCAGAAGCCGUGUUAGCACCAGUUCCUUUCUACGUGCGGCUGGCGGACAAUUGGGGAGAACGAGCGCAUGUCCGAGUAAUCCCUGUAGCAUUUGUAAGUCGAGCUCUUGAAGAAUCUAUACAACCGAAAAAUAGUUUAGAAUUCAUACGAAUAUUUCAGGAUAACCUCAGCGAACCCUGUCUCCGACCAAAGCAUUUUCAAGCGGCAUUUGACGAAGCUAGUCUUAAGGUGGGUUUUACAUUUUGGUCUCAAACAAAACUUGCGUAUUAUAGGGUAUUAAAGUCAAAGCGAUCUCACUAAUCAACCCCAACAAUCCAUUGGGUCAUGUCUUUCCAGAAAAAGAUGUCCUCGAUGUCUGCAAAUGGGCGGUCAGGUGAGAAUGUUGCUUUUAUACAAGGGAGGUUCCCCAAAUGCGGCGAUCAAAUUUUAGUUGGACUAAACGAAAAUUUAGACUAUUUUUUCUGGCAAUGAGGGAUAUGUCAGGCUCUUAUCUUGCGCUCUAUAGAAAUCGCCGAGAUUUUUAGAUCGAAAGUUUGAAAAAAUGGAAAGUUCUUUUUCUGAUUUUGCCAAUGAAAGCUUUCUAAUUAUUUUUGCCGUAGAGGAUUAUCUUUUAACAAUAGAAUUUUUUUCAGCGCUAAACAAGCUAGAGAUUGCCAAAAAUCUUUUUCCUGACAGCGCUCCUUUUCGCAUGCUUCUUCGGCAGAAAAGAUCUUUGAAUAUCUUGGUUGAUUCUGCAAAGCGCGAGCUCAAGCUUUGAGAAAUUCUUUUAAUGGAAUGUGAUCCUAACCUUUUUCAAUUCCAGCAACGAUUUAUUCAUCAUCGCAGAUGAAGUCUUUGCUUCGACCACUCAGAGUGCACACCGCUUUCGCUCGAUGCUUUCACUGCGCCAUCAAUUGGGCGUCAAGAACCGCAAGAAAAUCAUCUGGAUGUGGAGUGCGUCCAAGGUAAGGUUUUUUGAACAAAAAUUCGUAUUUUUCGUUUUGCAAACAUUACAUAUUAAAAAAAUAUGUAUUUUGUAUUUUAGGAUCUUUGUUUGCCUGGAGCCCGAUUUGCUGUAGUUCACACAGAAAUUGAAGAUCUACAGAAAGGCUUGCGACGGCUGGAGAUCCUUCAGCCUUGCUCUCCGAUUGCCCAACAUCUGAUUGGCCAUUUACUGCGGGAUCACGGUAUGUCCGAAAAUUUUACUUCAAAGCUUUUCCAGAGUGGAUUGAGCGCUUCCAUUCCUCGAAGAACGAACGACUAAAACAGAACCGGGAUUUUGCUGUCGGUAAACUUGACGAGUACAAGAUCAAGUACUUGCCAGCGGACUCGGGCCUCUUUUUGUUCAUCGAUUUUACCGAGUACAUUGCGGACGAAACUUUCGAAGCGGAGCACAAACUUUGGAAGCGGUUCACACGGGCAGGCGUCUACUUGAACCCUGGAUGUUUCAUGGGGAAUCUGACACCGGGCUGGUUCAGAUUGGUGAUCAGCUGCUCGCAGGCUGAGCUGGAAGAAGGUAGGGAACAUUUUAAGGCUCUCAGCGCAACGUCUUUUCCAAUUAAAACCCUAUUUUUCCUCAGGUCUUCGCCGUCUUCACGACAUUUUGUUGGUGGUGGAAAAACGCCAAAAAGAUCGACCAAAGUCGGCGCUACCAACUCGGGCCGCCCCCGACUCUCAAUCGUUUACUCGAAUUCAAUCUGGAGACGAUCUUCUGAACCAGGUCUUUGGAGUUCCGAUGCCCUUAUUUGGAGCAUUGGUCACGUCCGACGAGCACAUCAAUCGAGAGGCCGAUAAAAUGGAAAGCACUCAUAUUGAGAACACUCCGUUCAACAUUUUCGAGAGCACAGCUCCACAGAAACACGGAGAUACAGCAGAAGCGUUUGCCGAAGAUCUUGCUGCAGAAGAGAAGUAUACCGAAGACGAAAAUUACAAUACAUAUCCAAUGAUACACAGCCAUGAUUCAACGCGUUCGAAUUCGAACUAUGAUUCCGUCUUUGAGACACGUCCAACAACGACCGUUCAAGGGAAUUUGAUGAAAGACGAAAAGCCUGUAAAUCAGACCAGCUUCACAUCAUCGGUCAGUCCGGUGAAAGAGCGAGUGUCAUUGUCCAGACAGUACUUUAUGAGCAAAGGAAUUGAAGAGCCCCAACUCAGCGCAUCUCAGGACGAUCAACAGACCUUGGACGAGCUCUACAACGAGUUUCAAAUACCUGUACCAAAGCCAUCCCCAGCCUCAACCGUCUCUGUUCAGCACAGCAAGGCGGUUUCGCUGAACGGAAGCAGCGAUAGUCAUCCGCCAAGCAUAUCGGAAAUGUUAUCCAAGAUUACACCUCCGGCAAGUCUGCCUGAAGACGAUUCAGCGACGGAAGAAAUUUCGAAACCAAGCGCUGAAAGCCAUGUGGAUGUCUCCGAGAUUUCCGAGACCUCAAGACAUGAUGUUGUUACACCAUCGACCUCCGUCAUCACCGACGACGAAUACGAGAGGAUCUUUACUCCACAAGAAGCCUUGGUACAUCACAAUGAAGUCAAACGAUCGGUCAGUUCAAACAAACGAGACUCAGAUAUUACUCUUGACACUUCGGUAUUCCGCAGAAGCCAAGAGACGAUCAGUCAGCAAAAAAUGGAGCCAACGAUGAGCGAAGAGUCAUAUCAGCGGAUAUUUACUCAAAGAGUUUCGUCGGAAGAUGAGCCUGGCCUUCCUGAGACGGUCAAAAAGAAUGCAAGAUCAAGUCACGUUCAAUACAUUGGAGAAAGAGACGAUUCAUUACAUGAAGAAGAACCUCCACCGAUUCUUAUUCAGAAGCUCACGGAGCCUUCUGAGUCCUCAGUGCCGCUUCAUAACAUUCCAGGAAAGUCUUCUGACUUCGACCCGUACGAAGUUGUUGUCCAUGAGCAGAAAAAGAGCCACGAAAUGAAUGCUGAUCUUUGGGAACAAGUCUUCCGACCACCAACGACACCAGUUUCGCCGACUCCCACCAGAAAGGUCUAUAAAACAGCAGACGAUUCAAAUAUUACCACGGAUCUUUCGGCCUUCUCAAGACAUCUACAUGAGGAGACGGCUCGAUCUCCAGGACCUCCGACCUUAACCGAUGAAGAACUUUCGGCAGUGUUCGUGAACGCACCGGAAAAAUCGUUGGCCCUAGAGAAUGAAGAAUACGACGACGACAACAAAAGCUUCUACAUUGUAACAGAUAAGCAUGGAAGUGGAAUCCCUGUUGAAGAACUGAGCCACGAGGACCUGGCCGAAGUCAAAUUUGAGCCAAGUCAGUUGAAUCUUGAUGUCGAAGACAACUCGAAGGAUAAUGGCUUGCUGGAGAAAGUGUUUACACCCGUUCCUUCAGAACCCCUCGAAAAGAACGAGAAGAAAAUUCAGAAGCCUGCAGACGACUCAAAGAUCACAACUGAUACAUCUGUUUUCUCAAGAAAUCAACAGAGCACGGCAAAGAAGACCAUGUCCCAGCCAACCCUAACUGAUGAGGAAUUGUCAGCCGUGUUUGUUAAUAAGCCAACAGUUGAUGAAACCCGCACAAUUCUAGACGCUGAUGAUAAAGAAAAUCAUCGGACUGAAAAAGAAGAUGACACAAUGCCUGAAGCAACGCAAAGCAUCAAAGAAGUGAAUGUUGAAGUAAACCAUAGUGCGAAUGAUCCAUUUCUGGACAAAGUGUUCUCGCCAGUUCCAUCGGAGCCAAUCCCUGUCAAGCAUAAUAGGAUCCAACGAUCCGUCGACGAUUCAAAGAUCACAACUGAUUUAUCGGCGUUUUCAAGGAGCCGGAAUACUGAGUCAAGGCACGCUUUGGGUCAGCCAACUUUGACGGACGAAGAGUUGUCCGAAGUCUUCCGCGAAGGAGAAAAGGAACACAAAGAUCUAAAAAAUGAGGACCUAGAAGGCGCUAAGAAUGUUAUUUCUGAUCAUCACGAUCAAAAGCUCCGCCGAUUAGUCGAUGACUCUAAGAUCACCACCGAUUUGUCUGCAUUCUCCAGAAGCCGGAAUACUGAACCCAAACAUGCCGUCGGCCAGCCAACUCUCACUGAUGAGCAGCUUUAUACAGUGUUCGCAGAUCAAGCUCUUCCAAAAGAUGCCGAUGCCAAGCCGAAAGGCCAAGAUCAAGAUGUAGAAACGAAUAAUGUCGCGAACGAAUUAGUGAUAACAACCGAUACCAAGUUUGAGUCAAGUAAUGAGGAGAACCGCUCCGAUGAUCCUCUGCUUGAUAAAGUUUUCUCUCCGGUACCUUCAGAACCGAGCCCGGUGGUUCACAAGAAAAUUCAACGAUCAGUUGACGACUCAAAGAUUACAACUGAUUUGUCAGCAUUUUCAAGGAGCCGGAACGCUGAGUCGAAGCACGCCUUGGGACAACCAACUUUGACGGAUGAGGAGUUAUCUGAAGUCUUCCUCGAGGGAGACAGGGCAAAGAAAAUCAUUGCGUCAUCUCCUGAGGAACACGAAGAUCUAAAGUGUGAAGACCUGGAAGAGGUCAAGAACGAAAUUCCUGAUCAUCACGGCGAAACCACCGAAGAGAAGGUAGCCCAAGGUGUUGUAGAUGAGACCUUUUCGGCCAAUCUUGGAAAAGAAGUCUUUGAAAACCUUGAAAAAGAUGCAAAUGAAGAUAUUCGCCCAGCAACGGAAGCAGCAGAGUUAAAGGCAGUCAGUAAAUUCUAUGAAGAUGAAAAUCACGAUGUAAUCAUUGACUUCGAGAAACGCCCGAUCGAUUUGGACAAAGUCUUCAGUCCACCUGAAACCAACGAUUUCAACGAAUUCCAUCAAAAUGCAAAGCCAAAAGCCGACAACACAAAGGAUUCUGAUAUUACCCUGGACACAAGUGUAUUCAGACAGCGGAUGCAACAGACUGACGCGAAAUCCCAGUUGAAGCCGACGCUAAGUCAAGAAGAGCUGCGGGAAAUUCUGUAUCCCCGAUCUGUGACGCUCGAUACCAUCAAAGAAUACUCGCGAGAAACGGAUGACAGUAACGUUAUCCACAAGGAAGACCAAACGAGUAUUCCAGAAGCUUCUGACGACGCUUACCUCAAAGAGCUCCUUUCGCAACCUCAAAUUGUUGUUCCGAAGCAAACAGUGCAUCACAAAGAAUCCGUCUCCGACGUCCAUGACCGACAAUCUGUGUCUUCUGACGAACUGUUGAAGUCGGAUAUCUCGGACACCAAUGAACACCAACAUGUCGAAGAGUUCGAAGACGCCCUACAUCGCAUUCAUAAGCUCAGCGACUCACAACUAAGCCCCUUAGGGCAUGACGAACUGAUCGAUCAGGUCUUCGAGCACCAACCUGAUCCGUCGUAUUUUGCUGAGCGCCACAACACAACCAAAACGUCCACAAAGUUGGCGGCCCGGUCGAGUAAUCCCGAAUUAAGCGACGGGACCAAUUUCCCGAGACAUCAGACUGCCGACGAACGCAGAAAAACAAUGUCGCCAACGUUGACGGACGACGAAUACAAGCGCAUAUUUGAAGAGCCUAAAGUCGUUGUGGCGCAGAAAUCAGAGGCUCAAACAAAAGAUCCAAGCAAAGAAGAUUCUCAGCAAAUCACGAAAAAGUCAUCUGUAGAAGACAUCCGCCCUGUUGAAGAUAUCGAAGCUACGGCCAGUCAACCCUCGACGGAACCGCUAGUGCCUUCAGAGCUCCCGGAGGAUUCUGUGGGUCUUCCGGGCCGCCGAUACACCGAGUCAAUGUUUGAUGACAAUGUCUUUGAACUCUCACAAGAGGACCUCGACAAAUAUGGUAAAUUCAUCGACGACAACACUGACCGCGUUUCAAUGGAUGACCUCUCGUUCACUCAGGAGCUAACUGAUGUUGACGAGAAGGGUGAGAGUGAAAUUGAUGAUCAUAAAACUUCGCCGCCCAGCGUGCGAAGCCUCGGGAAACCCGAACCGCUGGUGCGCGAGUCGGUCUUGUCAGAUGACGUGUUUCACGCGGAGGAAGAAGAGACCGUGAGACGCAGCGAGCAAACCACGGAAGAGGAGCCGCAAAACACGCAGCCAGAAGCCGUCAACUUGGACGUGAUUGUCAACGCUCACAAGCCGCUCGCCAUGAAGUUGAAGGAAGGUCUGUCCAAUAUUUUCGGAGGCAAGGAUAAACGGAGAGAGGUGGCGAAGGACGAGAAGGGCGAAGAAGUGAGCUACAAACGGAUCGGGUCGUUAGAUCGAGUAGUAAGUGACCCGCGUGUAUCCAGCUCCUCGGGUGCCCAAUCCCCAUCGGCCUACAUUGACGAAGUCUUCGAGCCGACUUUCAAGAAUCAAAAUUCGUUGUCGGAUGAAGAGGAGUUGAAGAAGGCAAGCAUUGAACUCGUUGAUGACGCAAUAAAGAACGUUGAGCAUGCCAGCGACAGUGAUGGAGGCCACAGAAGAUACAAGGUGACUCAAAUUACAACAACAGCCAACCAUGGGGAUAUCAAGGUGCUCAGUACUCAAAGCCAACCGGCCAAGGGAACCGAGAACGACCAGAAUUCAGCGGCCGAGGAAAAGAAUGGAGAUCAAAGCCUUUCCCAUGAUAACACUUUUUCGUCGCCGCCGUUGUCACCGCUCCAUGUGGACACGAACUAUCAGCCAUUAUCGUCUUCUACUCUGAAACGUCAGGAUUACCGCGAAAGUACGCUGAAUGAUUCCGGCAUUGGAAUGGACACCUAUCACGCUUCGAAUGCCAUCACAAUCGACUUCCCACUCAUUGUUACGCAUCCAAUCGGCGACGAGGGAUCCACAGCUCAGACUGGAGGUAACGAGUUGUUGAGGAGUGCAGAAAGCGGAGCAACUCUCGACAACCGAAUUCAAGACCCAAAGCCCUCUGGUAGCCAUCUCAACAUCGCAAGUGCUCCUCACAGCGGCUCAGUCUAUUCGGAAAACGACAUCUCCGAAGUCUUCGAAGCCAACAACACCAUAGACUCAGAAAGCGCGGAGCGGAAGAAACAACGGCGAUAUGUGAAGCGAAGAGAAUACAGAAAAGGAGAACACGAGACAUUGCCAGAGGCAUAUCUCCAUCGAAGAGCUCAUGAAUACAGCGACAGCGAUCAGCAUUAUACCGACGCAUCGUUUGGCGCGGUUAGUCCAGUCCCAUCAGAGCCAAGGUACCAUUAUAUGCCCGUGGAUUUCAAUGUAACGAUCCGAUCUAAUCCAUCUAGUCCAAGAAUUCGUCCCUCCAAAUCCCACGAAGCAAUCAGCGUCCGAGACACUCCAAACACAUCGUUUGCAGAGUCAGAGCAUCCGUUUUGGCCCCACCUGCAGAGUCAGAGCAUCCGUUUUGGCCCCACCUAUCAUCUAAGGCCAUCAAAGUCAUCGAGCGCCUUGGACGACAGCAAUGAUUUCGCCUCCGUCAUCGAGGACUACAAUUACAACAUCAAGAAGAAGCGAACGCUUUCUCCGGAGAUCUCGGUGACAACACAUAAUGUCCCAUAUCCAAGACAGAAGGUGCAUCAAGUUCAUCAUGACGUAUAUCUGGAAAGAAGGCCUGGGAGAUAUUACUCAACGGAAAGAGUGGGAAGUGUCGUUGUGGAGCACACCAAUAUCACAGAGGUGGUUCAUGAUCGAAGUGACAAAAUGACAACCAGGCCUGAACUGUUGAAGACCAAAACAACAACGAGAGUGGAGAGCUUGGGACCGCAGGAGCUGCUGAAGACACUGGUUUUUGAUGGUGAACUUGAAAAACAUAAGAAUGAGCGGGCUGAUAAAUACGUAGAGUAUCGGCAUAGAAGAUCAAGGUAAGAAAAAAUGACAAAUAUGAUUAAAUUCGGCCUUUUGCAGAGCUCCAACUUCAUCAACUACAAGAUCCUCACACUACGUUGUUCAACAACGAGACACCACCGAUUCAGACAGCGAAUUCACCGACUUCCACAGAACAAAUAGCGGCCGUUUUCAGCGCGGAGUCCAAACCAAAGAAGCCCUUGAUUUGUGCUGUCGAAUGAGGCUCAUCAAGGCUGUUCAUCACGGAGAGAACGGGCCAGAGCAAGCCGAAUACGUCAUGUGUCGGAAUCCGUCGCACGAGGGAAAGCAUGACCACUGCAAUCCGAAGAGGUUGUAUGCGGUCAAAAGAAGUACAAUCCCAAGAGCGAAUACAGGUAAGGAUUUGAGAGGUUUGGAGGCGAAUUGGCAGAGAGUAAAGUCUGAGGUUUUGUUCGAGUGUCCUGGCUGCCCCUGCAAGGCGUGAGCUAAAAUUUACAGGCUUGAUAUGUGGCCUAUGCCUGGCUUGUUUGCAACGAUUAAACACAAAGAUUCGCAGCGGCAUUUCAGAAAUAAAUACUUUCUCUAUCCAAAGUCAUCACCGUUUUUUUCAGAAAAGCACUACACCAUCAACAAUGGCACCGAAAAUAUUACAGUAACCUCCAAAACGGACUUUGGAAAUUCCAUUGACAGGGUUUCGAGUAAGCCCUUUAUUCCAUGCUUCUUUUAACCCCCAUCAGAAGCUUGAUGACGAUCGUAUUUUCAGUGCGUCGAUCGCCAAACACGACCUGGCUAGUUUCCUCUGUCAGCAGCACCAACAAGUACCAUACAAUUGAACGGGAUCGUUUCGUUUCCGGAUCCGAAACCGAGAACUCAUCGUCUCCGAGAAUACGCUCCAAACUUUAUACCCGCGCAACUAGCGCCAAAUAG